CCCCCCUUACUGGCUGGAUUUCCGCUUCCCACGGUGAUUUCCGCUUCUUCCUCGGAGGAUCUGCGCUGGAUCCUUCGGGAGAGGCUCCUGGAUCCCGCUGGGGGCAGGUGGGGCUGCUCUCCCUUCGCCCUCCAGGCCGCCCCUCCGGCCAGGAGAUCUCCCCCCCCGCCCCCCGCCAGGAGGAAGGGAGCUGCGGAUCCCGAUCUUCGGCUCGCAGGGUUUUCCUCGGGGAGAUCCGGGCUCUGGCGUUGCUUGAAGGGAGCGGAUCCCGCCCUUCCCUCCAGGGGGACGAAAGGGGCUCCGUCCCUCGGCUGGAUCUGCCCGCUCCUCUCCCGGGCAAGGCUCCCCGAGGGGGCUCCGGGUGAAUCCGGGAAGGAACUUUGGGGUCGUUUAUAGAUUAAGCUCAGCAUUAUGUCGGCAUCUGAGUCCUUUUCAUUUCCCUUUGCAGGGGAAUAGUGAAGAUGUGGCUGUGAACUCCAGAGAGGAGAAAGGGGCAUUCUUGGAUCAGAACCCCCGAAAUUUUGGCCGGGACUCAAUCUUAGAAAAUUAGGAAAUCUUGGCCCCGUUGGAGGAGGACUGGAGUAACAAGUAACCCAGAGACCUCUUAAGAUUAACUUUAAAGCGGAUAAAAGAUUGUGACCAAGGAUUUACCUUGAAGGCGACUGUCAACAGAGAAUAGAAAAUCAGCCCAAGGCAGCAGCCGCCCGAAAGGAUGAAGCUUAGGAAACGCUUGAAUCCCCCAUCAAACACAAGCAGCAUUGCAAAAAAAUCCUAUGAAUGCUCAGAAUGUGGGAAAUCCUUUGCCAGCAGGUCCCUCCUUUUGACCCAUAGGAAGGUCCAUGUGGGAAGUGGAUCCAGUGAAGGUUUGGAGGGUGAGAAAUCCUUCUCUGGGAAAAACUCCAAAGAUCUCAGGAGCCCCCCAACACUAAAACCCUAUAAAUGUGAGGAAUGUGACUUGCGCUUUGGACUAAAGUCAAGCCUUCUUACACAUCAGAAAAUCCAUACCAGAGAGAAACCUUAUCAGUGUCUGGAAUGUGGGAAUUGUUUCCGUAGAAAAGACGUUCUCAGAAACCACGAGAGAAUCCACACAGGGGAGAAACCUUACAGCUGUUUGGAAUGUGGGAAGAGCUUUUCUCAUAAGUCACAUCUUUGUUCCCAUGAGAAGAUCCAUGCAGGAAUAAAAUCUUACAAGUGCUUUGAGUGUGGAAAAUGUUUCACCCAGAAUUCAGGUCUUCGUUCCCAUGAGAAGAUCCAUGCAGGAAUCAAAUCAUACAAGUGCUUUGAGUGUGGAAAAUGUUUCACCCAGAGUUCAGGUCUUCGGUGUCAUUGGAAAACACACACAGGGGAGAAAAAUGAAAAAUGCCUCGAAUGCGGGAAAUAUUUUAGCAGUAAGUCGUGCCUGAUGCGACAUCAGAGAAUUCACACUGGAGAGAAACCCUACGAAUGUCCAGAAUGUGGGAAAAGAUUUAUGGAUUCUUCUGCUGUUCGGAAACAUCAGACGAGACACAAAGGAGAAAAACCCUAUAAGUGUAGAAAGUGUGGGAAAGGCUUUCUUGCACAAAGUGAUGUUGAGAGGCAUGAGAGAAACCACACACGGGAGAAGCUCUUCAAAUGUGGGGAGUGUGGGAAAAGUUUCAUUUACCUAGCCGAAGUUCAGAUUCAUCAGAGAAGCCACACUGGGGAGAAACCCUUCAAAUGUGGGGAGUGUGGGAAAUGCUUUUCCCAAAAACCACACCUCGGAACCCAUCAGAGGGUCCACACAGGAGAGAAGCCCUACAGAUGCAUAGAAUGUGGAAAAUCUUUUGCUUAUAAGUAUGUACUUUGGAGACACCGUCAAACCCACACAAGGGAGAAGCCAUAUCAGUGCAGUGAAUGUGGAAGAUUUUAUCGUACUUCAUCAGACCUUAGAAGUCAUGUGAAAAUUCACAUGGAGGAAAACAAGUACAAAUGUUUGGACUGUGGGAAAGCAUUUGCUAAUUCAUCUUCCCUUAGAAGACACAGACGAAUCCAUACAGGAGAGAAGCCCCAUAAAUGCUCAGAGUGCAAUAAAUGUUUUACUCAGAAAGGCCAUCUUUCGAAGCAUCAGCGAAUCCACACCAGGAAAAAAAACACAUGACUGGAGUGUGGGAAAUGUUUUGCCCAACCUCCAUAACUUUGCAUGCACUCCCCAAAUCACACCAGAGAGUGGCAUUACAAGUGUACAGAGCAUGAGGGACAUUUUCAUUGUAAAUCACAGCUAAAAAUGCCUCAGAAAGUCCUUCAAUUGUAAACAACAUUGGAUUCUACGUCCCGGCCCCCCGGCCCCAAAAUCAUCCCUUAUCUUUCACCAGGAACAUCAGAUAGUCACAGAAGGGAAAUCCUACAAUUCUUUGGUGCGAAGAAUGCACUUUUCCUAGCCAAACUACAACAAACCCCAUCAGAGAGUACACAAUGAGGCAAAAGGGCACAAGGAGUAUGAGGAUCUUUUGCUCACACAGCCACAUUAGUAACUCACAAGAAUGAUUAUACAAAAGAGUAGAUAUGGGGAGUAGAUGUGUUUUUCAGGCUGCAGGUUUUAUAUGUCCAUAACUGCCAAUGGACAUCGUUACAGUUGUUAAGUCAAGGCACCCAGGUAUUUUUUGUUAAUUCUUACUAGCCCUUUGUUGAUCAAAAAGGAGAACGGAAGCUUUAGAGGGGAGAAAAUGGGGUGAGGGAUGGAAUGAAGAUGCACCUGAUUGUUUUAAUUUAGGGAUGAAAGUGUUGAUGCUGAAUAUGCUGGCUUAGAAUGAAGAGGGAGUUUCCUAUCUUUUCAGGAGGGAUUUAUUCUUUUUUCAUACUGUCUUAUUCGUAUAUUCACACACACGUUUUUAAUGAGUUUCUUUGUUUGAUCUUUGUAUACAAUCCUUAAUAAAAUUAUUGUUCAAAAUAA